CCGGAAAGCUUCGGUUUCCCGGGAGAUCCCAGGCGGUGCAGUCGAGGCUCGGGGCCAUGGCCAGAGGCAAGAAGAUGUCCAAGACGCGCGCGGAGGAGGCGGCGGCGACCCCGGCCGGAGGAGCAGCGGCCCCCGCCCCAGGCCCGGAGACUGUGGACCGGAGGAACCCAGCGCGGCCCAGGACCAACGGGGAGAAUGUAUUUAUGGGCCAGUCAAAGAUCUAUUCCUACAUGAGCCCCCACAGAUCCUCUGGAACUCGUCCUCCACUCCAGGAGGAAAACUCUGUUGCACAUCAUGACGUCAAAUGCCAGGGGAAAGCCUUAACCGAAUUGCACAAGAAAGGAGAGGAGAAAAGGAUUGGCAUCAACGCACCGGCGAGCACUAUGAAAUCAGAAGAGCAGAAAGGCAAAGAAUUGAGGAGGGAUUCUCUGGAGCCCCUUCCAAACCAUAAAUCUAUAGCUGUAGGAAACCCCAAAGCCAUGACGCUGCCCGCCAAUGCUGCUGAUGCUGCCGGCGCAAAGCACGCCCCGAAGAAACCCCCCAAAACCAAGCAGGCCUCGAGGAGAAAAGCUCAGGGAAAAACUCAACAGAAUCGCAAAGUCACUGACUAUUAUCCCGUGAGACGGAGCUCCCGAAAAAGCAAAGCCGAGCUACAGUCAGAAGAAAAGAGAAAACUUGACGAACUAAUUGAAAGCGGAAAGGAAGAAGGCAUGAAGAUCGAUAUCAUUGACGGCAAAGGCAGAGGAGUGAUCGCCACCAAACAGUUUACAAGAGGGGAGUUUGUGGUAGAGUAUCACGGGGACCUCAUUGAGAUCACUGAUGCCAAGAAGCGCGAGGCUCUCUAUGCUCAGGAUCCUUCCACAGGCUGCUACAUGUACUAUUUUCAGUACCUGAGCAAAACCUACUGUGUGGAUGCCACUCGGGAAACAGAUCGUCUGGGAAGACUGAUCAAUCACAGCAAGUGUGGUAACUGCCAAACCAAACUCCAUGACAUAGACGGCGUGCCUCACCUCAUCCUCAUCGCCUCGAGGGACAUCAAAGCUGGCGAGGAGCUGCUGUAUGACUAUGGUGAUCGCAGCAAAGCUUCCCUGGAAGCCCACCCGUGGCUCAAACACUGAUCCGCGCUUCACUGGACAAAGUCCCCUCAAAGGGAAUUAGUUUUUUGGGGGGGGGGUUUUUUACACCUAAUCUUAGUGGAUUACUUCUGAUGUUUUUAAAUCUAUUAAAAUGCCUUUUCACUGUAGUAUUUAAAAAAACAA